GGGAAGUGCAGUGGCACCCUGUAAACUGGGAGGGUCGCUGAUGACUAACUGCAAACAUGGCUGCCCAGGAUGAACUCAAUCAGUUGGAACGUGUGUUCCUUCGCCUGGGCCAUGCAGAGACAGAUGAACAGCUACAGGACAUUAUCUCCAAGUUCCUACCCCCUGUUCUUCUCAAACUCUCCAGUGUUCAGGACGGUGUGCGAAAGAAAGUAAUGGAGUUGUUGGUGCACCUGAACAAGAGGAUCAAAAGUCGGCCAAAAAUUCAGCUACCGGUAGAGACUUUGCUUGUGCAGUACCAAGACCCAGCAGCUGCCUCCUUUGUUACAAAUUUCACCAUCAUCUACAUUAAAAUGGGCUACCCUCGUCUAGAGGUGGGGAAACAGUGUGAGCUGGCCCCGACUCUCCUCACUGCCAUGGAAGGAAAGCCACAGACACAACAGGACAGCUUGAUGCACCUGCUGAUCCCCACACUUUACCAUAUGAAAUAUCCUGCAGACAUAUCCAAGACUGCUUCUUUAUUCAACCUAAGUGAGAGGCCAAAGACAGUCCACCUGCUGCUGGAGUUCAUGUUAGAUGUUUUACUAAUGCCCUACGGGUUUGUGCUCAGUGAAUCUCCCACUCGGCCUGCCCCCUCCUCCUCCCAGGGAAGUCCUGCCGAUGGGACAACAGCUACGAGUGGGCAAGUUCUCCCCCAGCCUCCCCCAGGAAUGAGUGUCUAUGCUGUGAAAAGGGUGAUUGGAGAAGCCCAGUGGAAUGCUGAGCAACUUGAGCAGUGCAAGCUGGGCAUAGUGAAGUUUAUUGAGGCAAAGCAGGUCCCAGAGGUGGAGACGGUGGUGCACCUUGUGGUGGCAUCAAGUGACACCAGACAUAGUGUGGCCACUGCAGCUGAUCUUGAGCUGAAGAGCAAACAGAGCAUCAUUGACUGGAACAAUCCUUUAAUCAUCAACAAGAUGUUCAAGGUGUAUCUGGGAGAUGUUCCACUUAAAACAAAGGGUGGUGGCAUGAAGCAGGAGCUGAAACAUGAGCCAGUAAGCACAAGAGUCAAAAUGAAGAUCCUGCCACAUCUUCUGCGCUCUCGCCUGGCCGCAGAGUGUUUCCCAGCUAAUAUUCAGGUUGUGUAUGAUGGUCUGUUUGGAGCUAAUACCAACAACAAACUGCUGUCCCUAACCUUACAGUUUGUUCAUCACAUCUGCAUGGUAUGCCCUGACACUAACAAGCCCUUAGGACUAAUGCUGCUCAAUGGUCUUACCAAGCUCAUCAAUGAAUACAAAGAGGAUCCUAAGUUGCUGUGUGUUGCCUACUCUGCGGUUGGAAAGUUGUCAAGUCGCAUGCCGCAGCUCUUCACAAAGGAUAUUGCACUUGUGCAGCAGUUCUUUGAGUCCAUGUGCAAGGAGGAGCCCGAUGUCCGCCUUGCUAUUCAGGAGGCUUUGUCAAUGAUGGUUGGAGCCUAUGCUAACCUGCAGGGGGCACUGCUAAAUCUAAUGGAGGCCCUGGUUGCUGCAUACAUUGGAAAGCCGGAGGUGCAAGUUCGUCAGGUGGCCAUGAAGUUUGCCAGCAAAGUGUUUGCUCAUGAUCACGUGCCAUCAAGAUACCUGCUUCUACUGGCUGCUGGAGACCCAAGGGAAGAGGUAUCUGGGGAGGCCCAGAGGGUGCUGAGAGCAUUACCUACCAAGAGCUCAGAAAAGGAGGGGCCAAAGCCGAUGCCUUCUUUUCCUGAUAUGGUUGCAUAUGUCCAGGAGAAAGCAGCUCAGAGGAUUAAAACCCCAGCUAAGUACAUCGUUGGAACCUCCACAAUUCCUUUUAACCCAUCUGCCUUUGGAGAGAUCAUGCUCUACCUGAGAAUGUGUUUAGCUCACAGUGCCGGUGCCAUGCCCAUGUCCACGCGCUUGUCAGACAUGCAGGACGACGCUCCUGCGAUCGGCCGCUACGUCCACACACUGCUGUCUUCUGAGACUCAGCCCUCCGUGUCAAAGGGAUCUGAGGCAAAUCCUGUACAUGUCUACAUGGAUCUUCUGCAGCAACUGCUGUCUGCUGUCGGAGGUAUCCCUGUCAUGUACUGUUUACUGGAGGUGGUGUCUGUGUGUCCAGAAAAACUGGCCCCCAGAUUUGCUAAUAAAAUUGACUGGAUUAAAAGUCUGAUGAAUACAAACAAGGAGGACAUGAGGGAGCUCGCAGCCCAGCUGUACGCCCUGGUGAUUUCUACCAUGACUGGCAACGAGCUGCAAACGGCUGUGCAGAAUCUGGUCAAAAUCACCAAAGAUAACCAUAGUCCUGAGACUCAACAUGGUGCCAUCUUGGCUCUUGGUUACAUGGUAGGAAGAAAUAUGAGCAGAAAGAAAGCUAUAAACUCUUUUGACUCAACACGCAACAGCGGACAACAAAUGAGCAUUACUUCCCAGGAAGAUGAUGACCUUGUUGCUGUUGCCACUAAGACAGUUGGUUCCUUCCUGGAAAGCAGCAGUGCUCUGCUGGCUGUAGCAGCUUGUACAGCUCUGGGAGAAAUUGGGCGGAAUGGCACCCUGUUGAUCCCUGCAGAGGGAGAGGGCCUCACCAAACUAUUUGUUGUGGAAAACCUGCUGGCUCGCAUCCCUUCUGGCAAGGAGAGCACAAAGAUGAAGGAACGAUCCAUUAUGACCUUGGGUUAUCUUCCAGUGGGAGAUGCAGAUUUCCCUCACCAGAAGAAGCUGCUGCAGGGACUCAUGGACUCAGUGGAGGCCAAACAGGUGGAGCUGCAAUUUACAGUUGGAGAGGCCAUCACCAAUGCUGCAAUAGGAACCUGUUCUGGAGCCUCCAGAGACCCAUGGACCUGCACCGAGGACCAGUACAGCCCACCACAAAGUGUUAAAAACAAUGAUGUGGUCCCUUGGGUGCUCAACUCUAUCCUGUCCAAGUACAUACCGAGCCAGAACCCUCACGUCCGGCAGGCAGCCUGCAUCUGGCUGCUUUCCUUAGUCAAGAAGCUCAGCCACCACAAGGAAAUCACAUCCCAUUUGAAGGAGAUUCAGGUGGCAUUUAUCUCUGUUCUCUCAGACCCUGAUGAACUGAGUCAGGAUGUGGCAUCUAAAGGCCUUGGGCUUGUGUAUGAGAUGGGAGGAGAGGGUGAUCAGCAGGAACUAGUGUCCACUCUAGUCGAAACGCUUAUGACUGGAAAAAGAGUGAGACAUGCAGUCUCAGAGGAUACAGAGGUGUUCCAGUCAGAGGGUUUGGGGAAAACACCUGAUGGUCAUGGUCUGUCCACAUACAAGGAGCUCUGCUCAUUGGCCAGCGACCUGAACCAGCCAGACCUUGUGUAUAAGUUCAUGAACCUGGCCAAUCAUCAUGCCAUGUGGAACUCACGCAAGGGAGCAGCGUUUGGCUUCCACAUGAUCGCAGCCAAAGCCGGAGAGCAGCUGACUCCAUUCCUGCCUCAGUUAGUGCCUCGUCUGUACCGCUACCAGUUUGACCCCAACCUGAGCAUUCGCCAGGCCAUGACCAGCAUCUGGGAUGCUUUGGUCACUGAUAAAACCCUGGUGGAUAAAUACCUUCAGGAAAUCCUGCAGGAUGUAAUCUCCAACUUGACCAAUAACACCUGGAGAGUCCGUGAGUCCAGCUGCCUGGCUCUUAAUGACCUGAUUCGUGGCCGUCAGGCAGAUGACCUCAUCGAUCACUUGGCAGAAAUUUGGGAGACACUGUUCAGAGUCCUCGACGACAUCAAGGAAUCAGUGAGGAAAGCUGCAGACUUGGCACUGAAAACGCUCAGUAAGGUGUGCAUUCGCAUGUGCGAGUCUACAGGCUCUGCAGCUCAGAGAACUGUAGCGGUGAUGUUACCCACUCUGCUAGAAAAAGGCAUUGUUAGCAGUGUCUCUGAGGUUCGCGCGCUCAGUAUUCAGACCCUGGUGAAGAUUAGUAAGACGGCCGGUGCCAGAUUAAAGCCUCAUGCCUCUCGCUUGAUCCCAGCCUUGCUGGAGGCCCUCAGCACACUGGAGCCUCAGGUCCUCAACUAUCUGAGUCUGAGAGCCACAGAGCAAGAAAAGAGUGCCAUGGAUGCUGCAAGGCUGAGUGCUGCCAAGUCUUCUCCGAUGAUGGAGACCAUUAACAUGUGUCUGCAGCAUCUCGAUGUUUCUGUGCUGGGAGAGCUGGUUCCACGGCUCUGUGAGCUGCUGAAGAGUGGAGUAGGCUUGGGAACGAAGGGAGGCUGUGCGAGUGUAAUAGUUUCCCUCACAGUGCAGUGCCCCCAGGACCUCAGCCCAUACUCAGGUAAACUGAUGAGUGCCCUGCUGAAUGGUAUCCAUGACAGAAGUACUGUGGUACAGAAAGCAUUUGCUUUUGCAUUGGGACACCUGGUCAGGACUGCAAAAGACAGCAGUGUAGAAAAACUACUGCUGAAGCUCAGCAACUGGUACCUGGAGAAAGAGGAACCUGUUUACAAAUCAUCAUGUGUAUUGACGGUGCACGCCAUCAGCCACUACAGCCCCGAUGUGCUGAAAGGUCACGCAGGAGUGGCGCUGCCGCUGGCUUUCCUUGGCAUGCAUCAGGCGCCAGGUCCUGACGAGGAGAAGGGAGAGAGUCACGAUGCCACGCUGUGGACUGAGGUGUGGCAGGAAAAUGUUCCAGGAAGCUUUGGAGGCAUCAGGCUCUACAUGACAGAGCUCAUUGCCAUCACACAGAAAGCAUUGCAGUCCCAGUCCUGGAAGAUGAAGGCUCAGGGUGCAGCUGCCAUGGCGACCGUCGCUAAGGAACAGACAGGAUCAUUAGUGGCACCUCACCUUGGCUUGGUGCUGACAGCUUUGAUGCAGGGCCUAUCUGGGCGCACAUGGGCUGGCAAGGAGGAGCUGUUAAAAGCCAUCGGAUCAGUGGUGUCAAAAUGCAGUGCGGAGCUGCAGAAGCCUUGCAGUGGUCAGCCAACCAUCCCUGAGGUGUUGGAGGUUGUAUUAAAGGAAUGCCGUAAGGAGAGCCUGGUGUACAAAAUGGCUGCUCUGAGAUGUGCAGGAGAUGUUCUCAGCAGCAGUCAGGAGGACCGCUUCAGCGACAUGGCAGAGAUCCUUUUUCCUCUGAUCAAAAAGAGCUGCCCAGAGAGCGGUGCCUCAGCCAGGUCACUGGAUGCUGACGAUGAUGACAGAGAUGUGAAGGAGAAAGAGCUGCAGACUGAGGCUCUGCUUUGUGCUUUUGAGACUCUUGGAAAGGUCUGGCCCCAAAACUUACAGACUCAAGCUCGUUUCCAGUUGGAAGUGUGCAGUUUAAUGUCUGGGAAGCUCAAAUUGAGCACUUGGAAAGUCCAGCUUGCUGUUCUACAAGCUAUGAAGGCAUACUUUCAGGGGUUAUUGCUGCUAGAAAAGGGAAACAAAGAUGUGAAUUCAUUGUCACAGAUCCUCACAGAGACCUGUGCAGCUCUUUCAAAUCCUUUAGAAAACAAAAGUUACUCCUCUGUGAGGACAGAAGCCUUGUCGGUAGUGGACCUGAUCGUUAAGAGAACAGGAGAGAGCGAGCAGUGGGACUGCAUGUCUGCGAAGAGCCGGGAGCAGCUGCAGCGUUCCCUGUCCACGCUGCAGUCCGACAACAGACCCGACUUGAGGGACAAGGCCCAGGAGCUGCGCAGACGCAUCCAGAGCCAACCAUGAGCUCCCAAACAGUUCAACAAAACGGAGCGCCUUCUUUUUUUUUCUCAACACCUCAGUCAGCGACACAAACCAUAAAUCAUCACACUCCCUCUUCCUGUUGUCUGAUAGUGUUCUUCUCUUAAACCAAUAAUCAUUAAUCUGUUAAUCAUUAAAUAUCCAUACCUGUGAGUUGUGAUGUUGGCUUGUGCAAGGCUGCUCCAGUCCAGCUUGACGUCAGAUUUUAACAGUUUCCCUGAAAUAAAGUCUGCAACCAUGUUUAAAGGUUGUCAUAGAAACAUGUCAAGUUUUAUUUGGUUCAUUGAAAUGGACAAUAAGUUGAAAAUUAAUGCUAUAAAAACCAGUGUGUUAGGUUUGUGGACACUGUUUACCUUUAGCCCCAAAAUGGGGAUUUUACUACUGUUGUGGGUUAACCUACUCAUCAAUUACAAAAACCAGAUUAAUCAUCAGAGCUGAUGCAAGAGGAUGACAACACUUCUCCACUGCUUUAAAGUGAAGGAGAUGAAGCUGUGUCUAGAGAAAGGAUCAUGUCGGCCUGUUUUGAAGUCAGCAAAAGCAACACUCAGCUGUUUAAAGUGAUGUUAUAGUUUCAAUUUGUCCUUGAAAUAAAACUCCCAAUUUGGACGUGA